AAAUGUAUAUACAUAUAUUGUCAUCUUAAAAUUAAACAACUUAACUGUCCUAAUUAUAUUAAAUAAUAUUAGCACAGUAAAACAAAUUAAUGUUAACAAACAGGUUUAAAUUUUUUUCCAGGCACAGAAUAAAAAUAUUAGCGUAGGAAGCUGUCAAAUUGCUUUGUCACGGUCACAUUACGACCAAAGAGUUAAAGAAGAAAAGAAAAAUACGAAUACGGGUUUUCAUAUGGUAUUAUGAUUAUAAAUUAAUAAUAUUGUGUAGUAGUAGAAAAUAAUUAUGAAUCAUAGUUUCAUUAAAUAUUAUUCUGAGCAUGAGGGCUACAAAUGUGGGUACUGUAAACGUCCAGAUACAAAUUACAGUCACGUUAUGUGGGCGCAUGCAAUGACGGUUACUGACUACCAGGAUUUAAUAGAUAGAGGUUGGAGGAGAUCUGGAAAACAAUGCUACAAGCCAACAUUAGAAGUCAUCUGCUGUCCCAUGUAUACCAUACGAUGUAGGGCAUUAGAAUUUAAGCUUACUAAAUCUCAAAAGAAAGUUUUGAAGAGUUUCAAUAAGUUUUUAAUCGGAGAAGAAAUAAGUGAUAUAAGUGCACAAGAAAGUCGAGAAGAUGUUGCAAUGGAACAAGUUGAAGGGCAGGAGCAGUUUCUAGAAUCUAAAAGGCCACAUGAAGAUGUAAACAUUGCCGGAAUGGAUAUUCCAUUUAUAGAAGAAGCAGAUGACUCAAGAAAACUUGAACUAUCUGAAAUAGAGACAAAAGAUGACAGUCAUAUGCAGAAAUUUGAUUCUCAUCUAGAUUUACAGCAAGCGAGUUCAUCAACAGCCAGUAGUUCAUGCCUGUCGGGAAACAUAUCAAAAGAAAAAUCUAACAAAGUGACCGGUGCAGAUCCCACAAAAGCUCCAUGCAAAAAAGCGAAACAGGCAAGGCGAGAGAGAAUGUUAGAAAAGCUUCAAAGGAAGGGUAUCAAUGUUACCACUUUAGAUAAUACCAGCAAAAAUACACCAAAAACCAUUGAAGACAUUAUUAAUGAACUACCAGAUAAUGUCAAGAGUAAACUUGAGAUAAAAUUGGUGAGAACAGAACCACCGAGUCCAGAGUGGCUGGCUACGAAAUCAGAAAGUCAUGAAGUUUAUGUGAAAUACCAAACUAUUGUUCAUGGAGAUAAACCUGAGAAAUGUACUGAACCCAAGUUCCAUGAUUUUUUGGUCCACAGUCCAUUACUGGAAGAAUAUUCCGAAGUGGGUCCCCCAUGUGGAUAUGGUUCAUUCCACCAACAGUAUUGGCUGGACGGAAAGAUUAUAGCCGUUGGCGUUAUAGACAUACUGCCAAAAUGUAUAUCGUCCGUAUACUUUUUUUAUGAUCCCCAAUAUUUAUGCCUGAGUUUAGGAACUUAUGGAGCUUUAAGAGAAAUAGCAUUCACAAGACAGUUACAAAAGAUUUGUCCUAAUCUGAAAUAUUACAACAUGGGAUUCUACAUACAUACUUGUACUAAGAUGAGAUACAAGGGAAAGUUCCACCCAUCGGACCUAUUGUGCCCUGAGACUUUCAAGUGGUUUCCCAUCAAGGAAUGUAUAGCAAAGUUGGAAAUAUCAAAGUAUUCAAGAUUUGAUCCUGAUCUAGAUGGUGUGGAUGAAAAUUAUCCCACAGAUAAUGACGUGAACAAUAUAAAAGUUUUAUCAAACGGGCAAGUGCAAAUUUACAAAGUUUUCAAACGGAAAGCAGGAAGGAAGUACAAUGAAGAAUUUGAAGUUCUUGAAUAUGCGAGGCUGGUUGGAGGCAAGACCGCUAGAAGUAUUAUAAUGGUCAUGUAGAUUAUAAGUUAUCUGCUUCAUGUUUUUAAAACUAAUGAGUAGAUUUUGUGUUAUAAUAAAUGCGGUUACAUUCUUAAGUGUCAUUUUAAUUAAUGAUAUUUUCUAGUCAUGAGGUCAUUUUACUUUGUUAUUUGUCCAAACAAAUAACUAGUUGUCUGAUGAUAGUCACAUGAAGAUAGUCAUCUAAAAAGUUUUUAAUAUCUUUCCUUAUAAACAGUUUUCUUACAAAUUUAAUUAGAUCAAUAGUAAAUGUUAGCUACAUGAUAUAUGUGGAAUACCAAACCAGAACGCCUUGGUAACCUUAACAUAACUUAAUGAAUUUUUUAAUCGAUGUGACGUUAUUCAGCUGUUUUAAAAAUAUCGAAUAAAUUUAAACUCCGUG